AUGAAGGGGGCAAAGAACGCUCUUAUGAUUGCACUAUGGAUAACAGCAAGUCUUUUUACCCGUCACGUCAGUAGCUUGAACCUGGAUUUGACUAACUACACUGAAUAUGCGGGGCAGGAGGGGAGCUAUUUUGGCUUUUCUGUGGACUUUUAUCAACCAGCCAACCAGGAGGUGAGUGUUAUAGUGGGAGCUCCAAGAGACAAUGUGGGACCUUCUCAGGGUGGCUCAGUGUACAUCUGUCCAGGGACAACAACCAGAGGAUCUUGUCAAAAAUUACAGUUUGAUCAAAAAGAUAAUGAAAACAUCACAUUCAGUGAUUUGUUCUUCAUGGCUGAUAAAUCUAACCAGUGGCUGGGGGCUACAGUACGAGCUCACAACAGCUCCAUACUGGCCUGCGCACCAUUAUUUCACUGGAAUGUGGUUCAGGGUAACGACGAGGCCACGAAUACACCGGUGGGAAACUGCCAGCUACUGAACAUGAUAACUAAAGAGGUUGCAAACUACGCCCCCUGUAGAGGCUAUGAAGUGGAGGAAAUGUACAGGAGAAAAGGAGGCUUCGGAGACAGACGAUACUGCGAAGCGGGAUUCAGCUCGGACAUAACCAAGGAUGGUAGAGUGGUUCUUGGUGCUCCGGGAGGCUACUUCUUCCAAGGUCAGAUCAUCACUGCACCUCUUCAUGCCAUCAUGGCCAGUGGUGGGAGGUUUUCCCCAUUCCACAAUCUGAAAGAAGAGACUAUGUCCACCGAGAUGUUUUAUCAGUAUGACCUCUAUCUGGGAUACUCUGUGGCCACGGGUCAGUUCAGUGCCGACAGCAUCCCAGAUUAUGUUGUUGGUGCCCCACUUGAUCAGAACAGUGCAGGCUCUGUUAAAAUCUUCAGUGGAGCUGCAGUCCACCCCAAAAUCAUAAUCACUCUAAAUGGCUAUCAGAUAUCUUCUUAUUUUGGCCACUGUGUUGCUGUAACUGACAUCAACAGGGAUGGGAAGGACGAUAUCCUGGUUGGCGCUCCUCUCUUCAUGGAGCACCUCUCGACUCAGAAGUUGCGGGAAGUGGGCCAGGUUUAUGUUUACCUGCAGAGAGAUGGAUACAGCUUCUCUCCGAAACCUGAGCAAACUUUAUCUGGCACUCACACCUACGGGCGCUUCGGCAUCUCUAUCGCCCCUCUGGGAGACAUUGAUUAUGAUGGCUUUAAUGAUGUAGCAGUGGGGGCACCAGGCUCUGGUGAAGGAGGGUUGGUGUUUAUCUUCAUGGGACAGACUGAUGGUUUGAACCCAAAAUAUGCACAGGUCAUAGAAAGCCCUUUUUCUUCUCCCAAACUAUCUCCAGCAUUCGGCUUCAGCAUGAGAGGAGGCACAGACCUCGACGACAAUGGACACCCAGAUCUUAUUGUUGGAGCAUGGGGUGCGGACAAAGUAGCAAUCUACAGAGCGAAGGCUGUAGUGCGGACCGAAGCCCAGCUUUCCUUUCUGCCUGAUUUCCUACAGCCUGAUGAAAAACACUGUACUGUUGGGGACAAUCUGGUAGCCUGCUUUCAUAUCAUGAUGUGCAUUAGCGUGUCUGGCUACAGAAUACCAGAGAAGAUCGUGUUAAACAUGGAGCUGCAGCUAGACAAGAUGAAACCGACCAAGGCCAGACGGACCGUUCUGCUCGAGUCUCAUCAGCCGUACGGCCGCUUUGAACUGUCUGUUAGGAGAGACGCAGGGGAGAUUUGCAAAAACCUUACUGCUUACCUGCUGACAGAGUUCAAGGACAAACUAAAUCCAAUCUUCAUCUCCCUCAACUACAGCCUGGCUAAUUCCCAGGGUCUAAUGCUACAUGGACCAUCGGUCAUCGUGGAACAGACGCAGAUUGUUCUGGACUGUGGCGAGGAUAACAUCUGCAUUCCUGAUUUAAAGCUUGCAGCUGAGGCGGAAACAAAUCCUCUCCUGAUUGGGGAUGAUAAUCCAGCUCUUCUAAUCAUCACAGCGGAGAAUCACGGUGAAGGAGCGUACGAAACCGAGCUGUUUAUCCAGCUGCCUCCUCAAACCCACUUUCAGGGCGUGCUGAGCGACAGAGAAGGCUUCAGUCGUCUGCUGUGUGGGCCAAAAAAAGAUAACAGGACCGUGGUUGUCGUGUGUGAGCUGGGAAAUCCAAUGAAAACCGGACAGAAGAUCCAGGCUGGUGUUUACUUCAGCAUGGGCGAACUAGAAAAGGUUGAAAGCCACGUUUCCUUCCAUUUACAGAUUAAAAGUAAGAAUAGUCAGAACCCAGACAGCAACCAUGUGGAAGUGAAGAUUACUGUUCAGGCUUUGGCCUCUCUGGAGAUGCGAGGGGUCUCAUCUCCUUCUGAGAUUGUCUUUCCAAUCGCCAAGUGGGAACCAAAGCCUCACCCAGAAAAUUUGGAUGAUGUGGGCCCUCUUGUAGAGCAUGUGUAUGAGUUGAGAAACAAAGGCCCAAGCCCAGUCAAUGCCAGAGUGCAGCUGUCUUUCCCAGUACAGCAGAACGGCUCUUAUCUUCUCUACGUGUUUGCCCACGCUUCAGAAGAACUCAUGUCCUGCUCCUCCAACUCCUCCGUGGAUGAACUUGGGCUUGUGAAACCAGAGCUAACGAACACCACUGUGGAUCCGGUUCAUAACAUUAACAAACGAGAGGUUCAGCAAGAGCUGCAGGAGCAGCAGGAAAGUCAACGCAGAGCAACUGUGCAUGUGAAUUGUUCGAGCAGUGAGGAGUGUGUCGUGUUUACUUGUGAGGCCGCAGCACUACAGCGAGACGCCAGAGCCAUAGUGAGAGUAACAGCACGCCUGUGGGUUCAUCAUUUCUUACAGAGACCGUAUGUGAACCAUGUCCUCCUGUCCACUGCUCACUAUAAGGUAGUGAACGUGCCAUCCAAAAUCCAACCAAGCAUCCUGCCCAGUGGACAUGCAGAGACAAACACCAGCGUGGUUUGGAGGCGCCCUGAUGGUCAGGAGGAGGUCCCAGUGUGGUGGAUUGUGGUGUCAAUCAUCGCUGGCCUCCUGCUUCUGGCUCUGCUCAGCAUCAUAUUCUGGAAGGUGGGAUUUUUCAAGCGCAACCGUCCGCCAGUUGACAAGAACGAUGAUGAUAACGAUGCCACUGAUGAUUUAAACUGAAAGCAGUAUAUAUCAAAUGAACUGUCUGACUCAGAAUUAUAAUGAUACAAGUCUUAAAAUCUGAAAUAAAUUAUAAAUAAAAUUUAUUUCCACAUUUAA